AUGAGCACUUCUAAUCACUCGUCCCUGGUGCCUUCUCCGGCUGAACCGGAACUGGAUUACCACUUCAAGUAUACCGUGCAAAAGGGCUUCUUCGCUCAGAGUGAGGACGAAACUGAUGACACGACUUUUGAUUUUAAGGCACAAAAUUUUGGAUUAAUCAAUCGUUCUUAUCCUGGAGAGACCGACAGCGAAGACCGACAAUGGAGGCGCUUUGAGACAUGUGUGGCUAGUCUGGAGGCAGCGAAGAAAGAGGGAGAAAAGUACAAAGUCCUCUUUCUGGGUCGUCAUGGUCAAGGAUGGCACAAUGUCGCAGAGGCAAAGUACGGAACGAAAGCUUGGGAUUGUUACUACGCGGCCCUCGACGGCUACGACGGCAUAACCUGGGCAGAUGCCAACCUCACCUCUACAGGUCAAGAACAAGCUCUUGCUGUAAACAAGCUAUGGGCUGAACAACUUCCCCUUGGGAUCCCAUCUCCACAGACUUAUUACGUUUCCCCCUUGACCCGUACGAUCGAAACAGCAAACCUGACGUUUGGAGGCCUCCCUCUCCCGCCAUCUCAGCCUUACGCGCCCUACAUAAAGGAACUCGUUCGUGAGGCCCUUGGCGUACACACCUGUGAUCGCCGCAGUACAGCAACUCACCUCAAAAACACCUUCACCGACCCGAAAUUGACGUUCGAACCUGGUUUCUCGGACGAAGAUCCUCUUUGGGAAGCUGAGUACCGUGAACCGCGGGCCGCAAGACGAUACCGACUGGCCACAUUCCUGGACGACGUCUUCGCUUCGGACAACAACGUGUGGUUGAGUGUAACCAGCCAUUCUGGAGCAAUUAGAAGUAUGCUCGAGGUAUUUGGUCACAGGAUGUUUGCGCUGGAGACCGGAGGUGUGAUACCCGUUUUUGUCAAGGCGGAGAAAGUGCAAGGAAAGAGACAGGCUCCGCCCAAGGAACCUAGCGACGCUCCGCCACUGUGUGAUGGGCCACCCAAAUGA